UAAUUUUUUUCAUCGUUGCGCUUUUGUUGCUUUAAGUAAAAAGCAGUUUGUUAAAUAUAACUUUCGUUUCACUCUCAAGUUAAGUUAUUGACUCUUCGUUAUCGCGAGCGUAAGAUUUAUAUUGUCAUUGGCAAUUUAAAUUAUACAUAUCGACAGUUAGCUCAUCAUAACCAAUUAUCAGGUUCCUUUUGAUAGUUAUGAGUUGAUUUCCAGGAUUCUUACGUGGACGUUUUUUGGAUGGAUGAUGAUGGAAUGUUACAACUGCCUGUGCUUGCGGUAUACGUUAGCGGACAUGAGUGGACAAUGAUAAAAUGAGCAUCAUCUAUCUUUAGUCAAGAAUUAAUGUGGAAAUCUACCUGACAUACUAUAUUGCUAGCAAUGGUCACAUUAUGUUGCCACAAACAAUAGACAGACCAUGGGUAGUUCGCGCUUCGACAAUGGCGAGAAACACGUGUAAUCUGAUUAGAAAUAUUGUUGAAAAUAUACAAGUGGCCCCUAAUCCUAAUAAGAAAUUCAUAUCUCUCUCUCUUGGUGAUCCCACAGCCUUUGGAAAUCUCACACCGCCAGACGAGUUGCUACAAGCAGUUCGUGAUAGCAUAGAUCUGAAUGAAAGCAGAUGCUAUGGCCCUACGAACGGUGACUUUAUUGCGAGGCAAGCUGUGGCCGAGUAUUACGCGCACCAUGGGAAGAUUUCACCUGAUGAUGUUAUUCUGUGCAGCGGAUGCGCACACGCAUUGGAUCUGGCUAUAACCGUGCUUGCUGAACCAGGGCAAAAUAUUCUUGUGCCGAGGCCUGGAUAUAUGUUGUAUCAAACUAUAGCAGAAGGAUUGGGUAUUGUAAUCAAAUACUACAAUCUUUUGCCUGAUCAAAAUUGGGAAGUUGAUUUAAAGAAUUUAGAGGACCAAAUUGAUGACAAGACUGCUGCGUUAAUUCUCUUGAAUCCUUCGAAUCCUUGUGGUUCUGUAUAUACAGAGGAACACUUGACAGAUAUAUUACGCGUAUCACUCAAACAUCGUCUACCUAUUAUAGCUGAUGAAAUUUAUGAACACUUUGUUAUAUUUGAAAACAAGUUCACUUCAGUAGCGGCGCUCUCCAAAGAUGUGCCAAUACUUGUUUGCAGUGGUCUAACCAAGCGGUUCUUAGUUCCUGGAUGGCGAAUGGGUUGGUUAGUUAUUCAUGAUAGACAAGGCACAUUUAAUGUAGAGAUUCGUAAAGGCUUAAGGAAUUUGGCCGGCAGAUUGUUAGGACCUAAUAAAUUAAUGCAAUGUGCUUUACCGAAAAUAUUGACAUCGGUACCGAAAAGCUUUUUCCGAGGCAUGAUGUCAUUCAUUGAGAAUCAAGCGAUAUUGGCUUGCGAAGAGUUAGAACGCGCGCCUGGUCUAAGGCCAAUGUUACCACAAGGAGCGAUGUACAUGAUGAUAGAAAUAAAAAUGUCGAUGUUUCCAGCUUUUCGAAAUGAGUUGGAAUUUAUUGAGCGCAUGUAUAGCGAGCAAUCCGUACUGUGUAUACCUGGCCAAUGCUUCCAAUUUCCAAAUUACAUGCGGAUUGUACUCACAGUGCCUGAACAUAUAUUACGCGAAGCCUGUAUGAGGAUACAAACUUUCUGUCGCGAUUACAUAAUGAAGGAAAACCAUAUUAACUAAUUUAGUAACUACAUGCAAAGCCUAUGAAGUAAUUAUACAAUAUAUAAUGUAAAUAAGAUGAAGGUUUAAACAACACGUUUUAUUGGCGACAUCUCAU